CACGACAAAGGUCGACGUCGAACACUGUACCGUUCGCAACAGGUACGUACGUAGGAUACGACUGUAAUGGCCGAGAAUGUAUUCCGGCAGGUAUCACGGCAGGCAGCAGGAGGAGGAGCAUCGUCGUCUUUCGGCCAAGAAGAGAGAGAGAGAGAGAGAGGAGAAGGGGGAUCGAUGAACGUACGGAGAGGUGGAAUUCAGGUGCGAGUCGUAGUUUGCUUCACGAUCCUCAGUUUAUCGUGACCAGUCGACGCGACGCAGUCUGAUAUUUACCCUCCGGUGCCUCGUUCUCUUUCUUCCUUUUUUAAACAUUGUCACGCGCCUCCCAGUUCAAAAUCGACGAAUAAAAUCUCUCGGUAUUGUCUCGUUCGUGCGAUUACCGAAAUGCGAAUUGAUUCGGCUCGAUCUCGACAAUACAGGGUACAACAUUAUCCACCGAUUCGACGAAUUUUUAGCAAGACGAGUAUGUUUCCAACUCAGGACGGUUUUUUCGAGCAUCGUUGACUUCGAAUCUCGUAUUCGUCGUAGGAGACGAUAGCGCACACCGUGUCACGAUACGAGGAUGGAUUCGACGACGACGACAACGAGGUUGUUGAUCGUAGUGCUGUUGGUGAUCGGCACCACGACCGCCGCGUUGAAUCACGACGGAGCGAAGUGUGGUGAGAAGCAUUGCUCCCCCAUCGAGUAUUGCAGUAGCUACGACAAAAGUUGCAAACCGUGUUCCUCCAUUUGUAACAAGACUGCUCGCAACUAUCUGCCCCAAGAGUGCUUCUCCGAUUGUCAAGUCUAUCUUCAUGACGAGCGAUACGUUCUUCUGAAUGAGUACGAAGAGUUGCGAGGAGAGGUUGGAAGACUAUGGAUUCUAGUCUCGAUAUCCAUCACGAUAGCUUGCAUAUCGUUUCUGUUGACUCUCUACCUGAUGUUCGCGAGAAAACUCACACGAUGGGAAAAGAUGCGAGCUGCUGUAGGACGAACUUUCGCUAGUAAAAAGAUAAAGAGGAUGUCGAGCAAUAACAACGACAACAACGUGGGUAAAACCAACAAUAAUAACAAUGAUCGUAACAGAGCAACGCUCCAAGAUCCGGAAUUAGGCACAUCAAAGCAAAACGGAUAAUUAACGAUGCCUACAAUCAGCGCGAGCGUGGCUCCAUCUCGAUAUUCAGAGAACGAAACCAGACGGAACGGAAGUUCAGCCGGAAGUGGGAGCGGCAGUGGGACUGCAGUCAGUAAUGUGACACCAAACACCACCAGCACCUCACUCUCGAGAAGGCAUCCAAGCGAGGACACUACUCUCGAUUACGCUUAUGACAAUCCAGCGAUGACACCAAGCCCGGAAUCCGUCCAAUUAAGAACGAAGCGUGAGAGUUCCUUUUAAACUCGAAUCGAAAUCGAAUCGAUUCGUGUGUUCCAUUCGGAUAAUAACUGUGACAGUUUAUUGAAAAAGUAAUCUCCUCACCGAUUUUAACGAGCUUGAAGUAGUGUUUAGUAGUGUAUAGAGUGGUAUAUAGUGGUAAUAGAUAUGUGUAUAGAAUAGACUUUUAGGAACGCGAGAAGAAAACUAGGAGAUAUGAAGCCACCUGUAUAUAUAAAUUAGUGGUGCACUCUACAGGCAAGUUGAGUUAUUAGUAGUUAUUAGUGCUAUUUGAAGUUAUUUGACAUAUUAAUAUAGAUUCAAUAAAAUUCAAUUUUGUUUUCGGUUUCAAUAUCGCAAAAUUUUAGGAAUCAAUCAAUGCUAAUUAUAGAUGAAAUAUGAGAUUUUUAAUAUGUACGUAGAAAUGUUUGAAUUUCUCAAGUUUUUUCGUUGUCUUGAUAACAUUUUUUAUCCUACAGUGAUGGAAAAACGAAUGAAAGGAAAUCAAAGAAAAUAAAAGAUAUAUUAUAUAUAGGUAACAAUAUUAUUAUAAUCAAUUUAAUAUCAUUUUUAAGUAUAUCGUGAUUGAUCUCAUUUUCAUCAGCAAAAUUAUACGAGGGAUAAACAUAUUUUUAUAAAAAAGAAAUCAAAAUUAUAUCCUAACUUAUUAUGUUUGAAUGCCAACAGAAAUGCUUGGAAUUACCGAAUUGGGUACAUUGAAUUGUACAAUUGACUGAGUCUAAGAUUUCCUUAUUGCGAUAGCAAUCUAUUAUGGAGAUACACGUUGUUAAGGACAUUUU